AUGGUGUUUACUGGACGCGGUGGCGGUGGCGGUGGUAUCAGAAGGAAUACCGGCCGUAAAGUGAUGCGUGGCGCAGAAGACUCUUCUCGAAAACGUAAAGAUAUCCAGGACCAGUCGCGACCCAGUGACAAACCUAUAAUUGACGAAUCUGCUGCUGAUAUUGACGAUGAUGAUAAUGAGAACGAUGGAAUAGAUGCUUACAAGGCACUUUUGACUUUGUUCAAGUCGGAUGAGCCACAAAAUAAGAAGCGUAGAACUGGUUUGAAAAGGAAUGAAUCAGUAAAUAUUUACUCUAAAACCAGGAAGGUGGAGAAAGAGUCUGAUAACGAAGAUGCUGCAGAGGAUGAUAUUGAUAAUGUUGAAGGCUUUGAUGGUAACAUUUCUGAUGAUAUCGAAAGUGGUACCGAAAUUGAAGAUGAUGAAGAUGAUCUGGAUGAUGCCGAAGAGAGUGGGGAGAUUCAGAUUUCCGACGACGACAAUGAAGGGGACAUAAGGGAUCCUUUUGAGUGGCACUUUUCGGCACCUGAUCCUGUCACUAUAUCGAAGGCUGUAGCAGCUGCUUCAUCUGCCAGUGGGUGGAAGAAACCAACUAAAUAUAAGAAAACUACGUCACUUGGAGAUAGGUCCAUGAUAACACUACCUAAUGUAGAGGAACCAUCGAUCCUAACAAGCGAGAAUCCAUUAACAGUUAAAUCACUAAAGUCAUUAAAGAUCAAGUAUCGUUUGGAGGCACCUUUUCAAAGAGUCAAUCCAACACUUUCAAGAUUGCAGGCUGAUAUUGCUGGGCCUAUGUUUGCAUAUCAAGAUAUUCUAUUUCCAAGCCGGUCACUUGAGAACGAGGUGGAGCUGCAAAAUUUAUACGCAGCACAUGCCGUCAAUCAUAUCUACAAAACGAGAGACAGAAUUUUAAAAAAUAAUUCGAAGCUGGCAUCUGCCUCUGAAGAUCACAACCUUGAGUUGCGAGAUCAAGGCUUUACAAGGCCCAAAGUAUUGGUUCUCCUUCCUACUAGAAAUGCAGCUUAUGAGUUUGUAAACAAAGUCGCAGAGAUUUCGGGCUUAAACCAGUCUGAAAAUAGAAAGCGAUUCAAAGAGGCCUUUUACGAUGAUGCAGUCCCCCCAGAGACAAAGCCAGAUGAUUUCCGACGUAUUUUUGCCGGAAAUUCUAAUGAUCUAUUCUGUUUGGGUGUGAAGUUCACCCGUCAAGCAUUGAAACUAUAUUCGUCAUUUUACUCCUCAGAUCUUAUUAUUGCCAGCCCUCUGGGUCUUCGACUAAUUAUCGGAAAUAAAGAAGACGAGAAACGGAAGAAGCGUGAUUAUGAUUUCCUCAGUUCGAUAGAAAUAACAAUCGUUGACCAAGCUGAUGUCUUGCAAAUGCAAACAUGGGAGAAUGUCAGCCAUAUCUUUAAGCAUAUGAAUUUGAUUCCUCGUGAAUCGCAUGGAUGUGAUUUUAGUCGAGUUCGAAAUUGGUAUCUUGAAGAAAACUCAAAGUAUCUCCGCCAAACAAUCAUUUUGUCUCAAUAUGCCACGCCCGAGAUGAAUAGUUGCAUAUCUAAACAGUGUUAUAAUAUCAGUGGCAAGUUAAGAAUUCGUCCCACUUAUACUGGCUCUAUGGCUACUAUUGGAAUGAGAAUUCGCCAAACUUUUACUCGCAUCUAUGUUCCUGAACAUACCCAAGAUCCUGACCUUAGAUUUAAACAUUUUACAUCAGUUGUUUUACCAGCUGUGCAGCGUGGUUCAUCAUACGAGGGUACCCUUAUUUUCACUCCUUCAUACAUGGACUUUGUACGAUUACGAAACUAUAUGGAUGAUAACAACCAAUCCUGUAAUUGCAUAUCCGAAUAUUCACCGGUAUCAGAGGUGGCACGUUCUAGAUCGUUUUUUGCUACUGGUCGUACAAAAAUGAUGCUCUAUACAGAACGUCUUCAUCAUUUCCGCCGAUAUGAAAUCAAGGGAGUCCGCCAAGUAAUUAUGUACGGAGUUCCAGAGAAUCCUAAAUUCUAUCAGGAAAUUGUCCGAAAUCUUGUUCGUACAGUAGUGGAGGCCAAUGUAGACCCUGAGAUGCUUCGUGUCCGCAUUAUAUAUUCAAAAUGGGACAGCGCGAAACUGGAGCGAAUAGUCGGAACGAACCGCGUCGGCCCUCUUAUUCAAGGUAAUGGCGACGCUUACGAAUUUCACUGA